GUCUCAGCAGCGUGAUGAAGACUUGUGUGGUCCUCGCUCUCUUCCUGAUGGCAGGUGUGUCUCUUGGAGACAUCCAGAAGAGAGUCAAAGAUGGAAGGCCAUGCACCGCUGAUGAGACCAAACAUUUUGUUUUCCUGGGGAUCAAAAACCAAGUCAUUGGCUCCAGUUUCAUCUGUUCUGGUACCGUCAUUGACGGGAACUGGGUUAUCACUGCAAAACACUGCAAGAAUGAUGGAUGGCUCGGCUGGAUAUUCAGUUACUUCAGAUACUUCCAGAGUAAGGACGUCGCAUCAACUGUAGAUAUCACCUCGACGGAAACUUAUCAACACGAUACUGCUGACAUCAUGCUGAUCAAAGUGAACACCGGCAUGCCUGCUAUGCCCUUGGUGUCUGAAGCUGACUGCAAUAAAGUCCUGAAACAAAUAAGCCCCACAAAACCUGUAAAGAUGGUCGUUCCUGCUCGGCACACGAAGGAGGAGGACACUACUGGGAAAGAUGUUUCCAUGUGUGCCGACAUCAACGUGAAUGGACGGGCCACUAUGAAAGAUACCAAUGAAGAGAUCGUGUACUGGAGUCCUGUUGGCUGCGACACCUGUGGUGGGGAUUCUGGUGCUGGAUAUAUUUACAAAAACGCUCUGUUUGCUGUUCAUACUGGAACUAUGAAACUGGAUGGACAAGACAAAGAAGAGAAUUAUGGACACAUUGUCUGUAAUGGAGACAUACGUAAAUGGAUUGUUAAGAUUAUGAAAGAUAAUCCUUAAAAGUGUUGUUGUGUGAUCCUUGUUUGUGAGCAACAAUAAAGAGACGUCAGGUCUCCUUAAGAGCAUAAAAGUGUCUCUGUGAU